UGACCAUGUCCUUUAUGGAAAUUCCUUUCCAACUGCAAAAACCUCAGAAAGCAACUUUACGAUAAAAGGAGCAAUAUUUAUCAGGCAGAAAGAGCUUGAACUGAAGAAAAGAAAGUAUUUGUUCCGAUAAGCCGUUAUGAAAAGUGUGCGGACACCAGGACGACCGUCUGGCAUAGGCGGAGGAUCCAGCUUGCCAACUCCUCGGUCACGUUCAUCUAGCAUCGCGAACGCUGAACGAGCCAAAACACCGACUUACUCCAUUCCCGCUGUACCGUCUGUGCCACUAGCUGCCAAAUCCACAAGGCCUCCAUCUAGGACAUCUGGUGCUUCUUCUUCUUCGAAUGCAGCGUUCACACCUACACUUAACGCGCCAGUUCGUAUCGAGUCACUGGGCUUUGAGGGUAUUUUACGAUAUCUAGGAGAAAUCCCGCCGAAGCAAGGUAUCUGGGCUGGAGUCGAACUUAGUGCUGGAUUUGCUGGCAAAGGGAAGAACGACGGAAGCACGCCAGAUGGAAAGAGAUAUUUUGAUUGUGCUCCAAUGUGCGGAGUAUUUGUAAGUGUUUCCAAGCUGUCUCGAGCGACAGCUGGAGUUUCCAGGCCGCCGUCUGUAGCGUCGACUGCUGGGAGUGAAACUAUGUCUGGUUUGCUUAGCGCUUCUUCUAGCAGGAGUGGCCUUGGUAUUGGCACUGGAAGGGUUACACCUUCUGCACGAACAGGAAGACUCAGUUUAGCUGCGUCGACUUCCUCUAACGCAUCCACAUCCACAUCCUCUUACUCCUACAAACCCGCCUCAUACUCUGGUCGAGUAACACCCUCUAACACCCUAUCGACUAGUACCACUAGCGUUGGUCCAGAAACUCCAGCAGCGCGUGCUGGCCGAUUACGAGCUCUAAAUGCCGGUGCGACGCCUUUAGUUAAGACUCGGUCCCAAGGCGCGAAUGUGGAGAAAGCCGUUCCUGUUCCUGCUGUACCUUCAAUUCCCCGCGCGUCUUCGGCUGCUGGGACUUCUAUCCCCUCCUCACUACCGUCUCCAACUACAUCGAAUGCUUCUCCUCGAAGAAUACCUUCACUAAAUCAGACAUCCCACCUUUCUUCUCCAUUCAACACUCCUAAAGCCCGCAAUCUUGCUACCGCGUCGGGUAUUGGACUUGGUUCACCGCACGGGGCAACACCUCGUGCGAGACUACCUAGCGCGGUCUCGAUGCCGCCUCCUCCAAGUCCGAAUAAGGAUCCAACCCUCAAAGGUCUUACUGAUCUGCAGAAGACGACAAGAGAAAUCCAAGAAAGGAUCCGCGGUUUAACUGGAGAGACUGUAUCUCCACCUUCUCCUUCUACCAGUGUAACGAGCAACAAUGCAUCACCACCCUCUGCCGCUUCCACUUCAUAUUCGUAUUCUUCCCAGAACGUUCCGUCUCCAUCUCGGCGACCACAAUCGCGGAUUGCAUCCGCGGCAACUAUUUCUUCCCGUGCACGAUCGCGGUCUCGUGCAGGCUCGACGUCUGUAAACAAUUCUAUGUCGUCCACUUCUAUGCACUCGAGGCCUUCCAGCGUGGCGUCCACUGCCUCUGUCAUGUCCGCGACUAGCCGAUCUCAUGCCCCACGAUCCUCUACUCCUGGAUUCGGACCUCGGUCGUCUACACCUGGGUUUGGGGUUAGCAUCGGACCAAGGUCAUCUACACCUGGUUUUGGUCGAUCUUUAUCGCGAGCCGGAGCAGAAACACCGUCUGCCUCUGUUGACGAAAGGCUUGAGCGUAUGCAGAGUCGAAUCGCGGCUUUAGAGUAUGAAAACACGCGAUUAAGGGAUGAGGCAGAGGAGACAGCCAGUGCAGGUGGAAUAGGCGAAUUGAGAAUAAAGCUGAGAGAACUUGAGAAAGACCUGGAGAAUGCGAACGCAUUAGUUGCCUCCGGGACCCCAGCUGCAUCCGAUGAUGUAUCACACUCGUCAUCUGACCCUGAAAGCGAAGUUGAAUCCUCAGCGACUUCCAGUACCGUUGAGUCUCCUUCUCGCUCAACAUCACCAAGUAAGGACCCCGACCACAAACUUCGUCAAGAAAUCAAUCUCCUUACUCUUCGCCUUGACGACGCUUCCACCAAAGCUCUUUCCGCACAUGCUCGUGCAGAACAACUUCAGUCUGCGCUAGAUGCAUUGCAAACUAAUUCCGAUGCUCAUCUCGCUGAUAUCAAACGGAUCAACGAAGAAUUGCAGCAGGCGCACCAUGCGCUCGCGGCUCGGGAAUCAGAGCUUGCCGAGACUAAAGGGCUUUAUGCGAGCACCCGCUCAGAUCUGGAAGAACGUACUGCGGACAUCAGUGCCCUCCAGAAGUCGGUGUCGGAUGUUGAGAAAAGAUACACCGACGAGAUGGAGCGGGACCGUGAUAUGUGGGACGUCGAGCGGAAGGAGUUGCGGAUUCAGGUAGAUGAGUUGAGGAGAGCUGGACAGGAGACGAUUGCUCUUUAUGAAGAGAAAUUAGAUGAGAUGCGGAUAACCUUAAAGGGCAACGACCUUUCGUCUUCUGUCUCCUCGUUAAGCAGGAGCCGAAGCUCGACAUUACUGACCUACCUCCAAACCAAGACCGCUUCUCUAACCGACGCCCUCGAAGAUGCCAGACACCUCCAUCAGUCUGACCUGAACGUCCUACAAAGUCAGUUGAAUCAAAGUAAGACGCAGUUCAAGGCUCUCAAGGGGGAGUUGGAGGAACGAGUCAGGACGGCGGAGAUGGAUGUUGGAAAGAAAGAGAGAGAGGUAGAGCAUGAGAGAAGGAGGCGAGGCGAGGUAGAGGAGGCACUGAGAGAAUGUGGCGAGGCAUUAGAGGAAGCUCGGAGAGAAGUAGAAGGUUUAAGGAUGGGUCUUGGCGGGGAAGAUUCUGAGGCUAAAGAUAAAUCCUCUCAAGACGCGCUCCAGUCCGAACUCGCCGCCUCCCAAACUGAUUUAGCUCGCGUCAGCUCCGAGCUUAAAGUCACCAAAUCAGAAAUAAACUCUCACAAAGAGGAAAUCGCUGGGCUCAAGCACUUAGUCAAGGAGUUGCAGCGUUUACAGAGGGAUUCCGCCAGAGACGAGGAAGGCGAAAUGAGCGAAAAUGCAGUUCUUAGAAGGGAGAAUGAGAUGAUCAAGGAGGAGAAUAGGAUGUUGAUAAGGGAGAUGGAGGGUCUGAAGGAGGAAGUGAAGGUCCUCGAGGAAGGGUUGAGUGUGCUGGAGGACGAGGAGGAAGGCAAAGCAAAGAGGAGGGAAGCGAUGGUUAAUGGUUCGUCUAAAGAUGGAAACCCAGUGGUGAAUAGUAUGAAGAGUGGUGUCAACGUUAGUGGGGAUGAAGUGGAAGAGUUGAAGAAGGAGAUAGAGGUAUUGAAGAAGAAGCUUGGAGAGAUGGAAAUAAAGGCAGCGAGGAAGACACAUGAUCUCAACAAGGAGAUCAGCGAGUUAGAGGCUUUAGUAGAGACGAAGAUUUAUCGUGAGGACGAAUUGGAACAAGAGAUCGAGCGGCUCAAUGAGAAACUUCGUAAAGCAAAUGCUAAACGUUCGGGCAAGUCCAGUACAGGCCCUACCAACGGCGAUGCUUCGCUCAACUCGCCGGCUCAUGAACCGGAACCAUCGUCGAGACAUACCAAUUCAUCCUCAAUCAGCUCCGCCUCGAUCAAUUCAAACGGGCUCGGAACAAAUUCAUCCUCAGAAGGUGCCGACGAGGAAGAACCAAUAUGUGAAAUCUGUGAAAAGCCAGGUCAUGACAUAUUUAGCUGUGAUCUGCUGAGAGAGGAUUACGGGCAUCGUGAUUCCAUAAAUCUCUCGUCUGAUAAUGCUACCUCCCACACUGUGGCUGGAAGUGGAGGCGGAGCUGCGGAGGAGGAUCUGGAUGUAUGGUGCGAAGAGUGUGAGGGGCAUGGACAUCGGGCGGAGGAAUGUCCGUAUGCAGGCGAUGUGUUCUGAGUCUGUCGAUUCGUUGACAACCAAUCGGCACAAGCAGUAUGGUAGGUACGAUAGUUAGUCUUUAUGCAUUACAGUAUCACAGUAUCAAUCUUGGAACUUUUUACUUGGUCUGUCUUUAUAGGCCUUUAUAAUUUUUCGUCCCGCUUCCAUUUUUUUUUUGGAUUUUACCUAUGUAUAUUGGAUCGUUUGUUGCACUUCCUGUAUUGCCAUUCCUUCACCUGGAUUAUUCUUAAUAUACACCUCUCUCCCUCACUAUGCAUUGCAUUGUAUUCAAUUUACAUAUUUUCUUAGUCUGUACUCGUUCCGUGCGCAUUAUGUAAAGCCGUCUACAUAUCACAGAAAAAUCGUACCUCACCCGGGCCAGUCAACCAGGUU